AUGGACGUAGUCGGCAGCGAAAUCGGUCAAAAAAUGAGAUCUGCCAUAAAAGCCAAGCUGACUGAACUAGGGUGCUACGUCGAUGAUGAGCUCCCUGAUUAUGUUAUGGUGAUGGUAGCCAAUAAACGCACCAGGGCACAGAUGGAAGAUGACUUACAACUGUUUCUUGGUGAUAACACAGAACUGUUUGUAAACUGGUUGCAUCAAGUACUGAAAAAACUUCAGGAAGUUACUGUAGCCGCACCACUAAAAGUUGAUGCUAAAAGGGAUAAGUCUGAAUCUAAAGAAAAGAAAGUGAAAGAUAAAAAGGAUAAAGAUAAAAUAAAAAAAACUGAAGCUAAAAAAUCUAAAAAGAAAGACAAAGCCAAAGAAAAGGCUCGCAAAAAGGAAGAUAAAAAGGAUCACAAAAGCAAGAAAAAGAAUAAACAUGAUAUGAUUCGGCCGAACAUACCACCAUUACUUAUGAACAUAGAAAAAGAUGCUGAACCAUCUAUAACUGAUGUGUUUGCCGGUCAAAUAUUAAAAAACCACGGUGUUUUACUCGAGCCAUAUAAAGACAGUUCAAAUGACAUAGAAAAAGAUUUGAAAGAGACAAAGAGGCCGUUAUUACCUAUAAUUGACCCAGCAACCAUAACACAGCCAGAAAUAACUACAAAAGGAAAUUUAACCGAUGAAAACUUAAAUAGCAAUGAAGCUACAAGUGAAAUAACACAGAUUGAGGCAAAGAUACAGGGUUUGAAACAAAAAUUAGUUGAUCAACUCGACUCUAUGUCGGAUGACGAGGACUUUUUAAACAUUAGGACAGAAGCCGAUGAGCUGAUGAAUGAUUUUGCUGAAGAUGUAUUACAAGAGAUAUCUAUACCCCCACCCGCUACACCACCUCUACGCCCCAAAUGUCCAACGCCCAAACAUAACAAAUGCCCAUCACCAAAAAACCCAUCACCACCAAAAUCUCAACCUCCAAAACCCAUAGAAGCCAAGGAAAUGGAAACUUUGCCACAAAUAGAGUUGAACCUCCCAAAACGACCGAUUCGUGAACGUCUUGGUGCUCGGGAAACACAGAAACCGGUCACCAAAGAAAUUGAGACCAAAAAACCAGAUAGCCCUGAAAGGUUUACACCCGAGAAAGAGCCGGAAAUGAAACCACAAAAAAAAUCUGCAAGGAGUCGUCUUGGAAGUCAAACGGAACAUAACAGGAAUGUGACUACACAGAAUAGUCCUGAUACAACCGAAACUGGCUCAAAGAGACUUACAUCCAAGGUUUGCGCUGGUAGAUCCUGUCUGUCAGUAGUGCGGGUUCGACCCCGGCCUCGUGUGCCAGCGCCGGCGUCAAGCCUCCUAUUACGAGCAGUGGCUGAUGCUCACAAGAGUCUUCUCAAUAUUCCGCCAAAAAUCGACACAGAGCCUAACAAAAUAAAGCGCGCCCUAGUGUUACCGAUGCGACGUGCUGACACAAAGAAGAUUGUCAUACAGGUGCCUGUUGACACGUCAGACAGUCAGGGAGAUACUAUCAGUUUGGGAGAGGAUAUAGAAUUAGAAGACAAGAGUAAUAAAACUAGCAGUGAUGUGAACGAAAAGAUGGGUUUUAAGCCGCAGUCUAUAAAAAAAGUGAUCCAAAAUACGGAAUAUGUACCAUCAAGGUCUCCUAGCUGUGACGAUGAUAUAUUGGACACAAUAAAUAUUCACAAUCCCACAGUCGAUAAAGACAAAGACACGCAGUUCAUCGUGACAAUGGACGGCUAUCAUCCGAACGCGUUCCUAGCAAAGAAACUUAUGACCGAAGGAUUAUUGGAUGAAGAAAAUGAUGAAACAUCUAAAACACAGACUGAAUUAGAUAAAAAGACAGAAGAAAAUACUUCCAAGAAGAAGGAAGAAGAGACUUCCAAAAAGAAAUUGGAUAAUAAGAACGAAGAAGAAGCUACCAAGAAGAAAACAGAUAAAAAUAAAGAAGAAAUAGCUCCCAAAAAGAAAUUGAGUGACACAAACAAUGAAAGCACCCAAGUUAUCAAGAAGGAAAACACAAAACAAGAGGAAUUAAAUAAAGAAGAUACAAAAGUAGAUAAAAAGAUUGAUAGUGAUGAACCACCAGUUAAGAAGAGGAAAGCGUCUCCCAUAAUAUUUGAUGUGGACAAGAAGAAAGAUAAAGAAGUAGACAGAAUUCGAGAAAGAACUAUUAGUUCUAGUAGCGAUAAUCACAUUACACUAAGCACUACGGCCAGUGCUCAUAAAUUUGACUCAGUCCCACCAUUGUCGUUAUCUGAUCGUAAGCCGGUGUGGUGUCGCACAUUCCCGUUGUGUCGCUACGGCUCGUCCUGUGCGUUCUCUCACCCUCGCUGUAAAUUCGCAGCCGCUUGCACCCGUCGUGGAUGCGUCUAUUCGCACUCACCAGACGCAAACACACCAGCCACAACACCAUUACUUGCAUCCCAUGUGGUACCAUCAGCGAACUACAAGACCAUAUCCAGUAUGAGUUUACCGAGCAUGUGUAAAUACUACCCUCACUGUGUCAACCCUUCCUGCCACUAUUACCACCCAAAACCCUGCAGAUAUGGGAAGACCUGCGCCAAUAAAAUUGAAUGUAACUUCUAUCAUAACGAUGUACCCUCUAAGUUUAAGUAUUCUGUGUAG